CUGUGGCACUGUACGGGCGUCAUAUUUUGUUUAAUUUAUUAGUUUUAGCUAUUAAUAUUUGCACCGCUGAAGUCUCCAAGUUGUUGACAAUACUAACAUGGGCAGCGCGCUGGAAAACUAUGUCAAUCAGGUGCGCACACUGAGCGCUGCGGGUAGUUACCGGGAAUUGGCGGAUGAGCUGCCCGAGUCACUGUCGCUACUAGUGCGCAACUGGAGUAUACUGGACAAUGUUCUGGAGACGCUGGACAUGCAACAGCACACACUGGGCGUGCUUUAUGUGCUACUGGGGAAGUUGCACAGCGCGGGCACGGCCAAUCCGGAGCCGGUACAAAUAAUUCAGCUAAUGCGUGACCUUGUGCAGCGUUGUAAUGUAGAGCAGCUAAGAUUUGCCGUUUGUCCCUUCUAUGAGCUGUGCCAUUUGUUUUCGGACUUUGUGGUGCAGCACAAUCUCAGCAUUUUGGGCAUAAAGGUGCUAACGCGCGCCAUAGAACAGAUCAAACAAAUGGAUACUCAACUGACGCCCAUACAUGCCGAUCUCUGCCAGCUGAGCCUUAAAGCGAAAAACUUUAGUCUGGUGCUGCCCUAUUUGAAUACAGAUAUGACGGACAUCUCCACCGUGGCUGCGGAAUGCAAAAAUCAACAACAACAACAGCCGCAACAUACGCUGGAUGCAAACAACGAUGCGAAGUAUUUUCUGUUGUACUAUUACUAUGGUGGCAUGAUCUAUACGGCUGUGAAGAACUAUGAGCGUGCAUUGUACUUCUUUGAGGUGUGCAUAACCACGCCAGCCAUGGCCAUGUCGCAUAUCAUGCUGGAAGCAUACAAAAAGUUUCUCAUGGUUUCAUUGAUCGUCGAGGGCAAGAUAGCGUAUAUACCAAAGAACGCACAAGUCAUUGGACGCUUUAUGCGACCAUUGGCGAAUCAUUACCACGAUCUGGUCAAUGUGUAUGGUAACUCAUCAAGCGAGGAGUUGCGCAUUAUUAUUCUCAAGUACAGUGAUGCAUUUACGCGUGAUAACAACAUAGGUCUGGCCAAGCAGGUGGCCACAUCUCUAUACAAACGUAACAUACAGCGAUUAACGAAAACCUUCCUGACGCUCUCGCUCAGCGAUGUGGCUAGCCGCGUCCAGCUGCCCAGCGCCCUGGAAGCCGAACGCUAUAUAUUGAAUAUGAUCAAGUCGGGUGAAAUCUUUGCCAGUAUCAAUCAGAAGGAUGGCAUGGUGCUAUUCAAAGAUGAUCCCGAGCAGUACAAUCUACCAGACAUGUUCCUUAAUGUGCAAACGAACAUAACACAGGUGCUCGAUUUGGUGAAACAAAUUAAUAAAAUGGAAGAAGAGAUUAUUUUAAAUCCAAUGUAUGUAAAAAAAGCGCUGGGAAAUCAGGAUGAGGACUUGGCGUCACAGCAUCCCAAGACUUACUCAGGCGAUCCCACGGAUUGAUAUUGAUGUCAGAGCAGAGCAACAGAAAGAGCCGCAACUCAACUCAACAAGCCCCACACACACUCAUUCGCAUACGCAUAUAUGAACACACACAUACAUUGGGAACUCUCAUACUCCAGCUAAAACAACAAACUGCGCGCCUAAUUGCAAAUUUAUAGAUGAA